AUAAAGUGUGAAUAAUUUGACAGCGGUGCGUUCUCUUGCCACACGUCUCGCUACUGCCGGUUCCAUCCGGCCCAAGAUUAAGAUUUCACUUCCGACGCUGAAAGGGCCCUACGCCUCGGACACAGCAUGAGACAGUGCCCCAGCUCUCUGUCUAUUCAGUAGCCGCAGACACGCAGCAGCGACCGGGCGCUGAACUUCACUGAACCCGGUUAUGGCAACUGAGGAGACCUCGCUGCGUGCUCUUGAGAGCUUAAUGACAGAGUUUUUCCACAGCUGCACUACAAAUGAACGAAAGAGAGAGAUAGAGGAGUUGCUUAAUACCUUCGCAUCACAGGCGGGCUCAUGGAGGCACUGCCUGUACUUUCUGUCCAACAGCAGGAAUGAAUAUGUCAUGAUGUACAGCCUUACUGUGUUUGAGAACCUGGUGAACAAGAUGUGGGUUGGAGUGGCCAGUGAAGAGAAGGCUGAGCUUCGGAGUUGUCUUCCCAAGUUGCUUCUCUCCCAGCAUGCAGUUCUGCCGUUCUUCAUCAGAAAUAAAUUGUGUAAAGUCAUUGUGGACAUUGGCCGGCAAGACUGGCCCAUGUUCUACCAUGACUUCUUCAGCAACACUUUACAGCUGGUGCAAACCCCUUCCAUGGCUUCCUUGGGUCUGGUGUUACUGAAGAUGACAUCUGAAGAGCUGGUGUGCCCUCGAGAGGACCUUAAUGUCGCCAGGAAAGACGAACUCCGCAAACUCCUGCUGGACCAGGUCCCAACCGUACUCAACCUGUUGACCGGUAUCCUGGAGACGGUCUGGGAGAAGCACAGUGGAUCUGCAACCACGCCCCCUCCUUCCCCCACAUCCGGUGAAAGUACUUUGAUCUUGGGCUCGGAGAGCGGCGCCCUGUGCUCCCUGGCUCUGGAAUGUCUUGCGCACCUCUUCAGCUGGAUCCCCCUCUCCUCCUCCAUCACCCCUGCCCUCCUCGCCUCCAUCUUCCACUUCGCCCGCUUCGGCUGCCAGCUGUCCACCAAGACCAAGUCGGCACCCACUUCCAACGGGGACACCUCCACCAACCCGCUCCCAGCCAAUGGUGGCACGGGGCUGUCGCGAGCAGGGCAGCCGGUCGGCCAGUUGGAGAGGGCGCGAUUGGGGGUCCUAGCGAUGAGCUGCAUCAACGAGCUCAUGUGCAAAAACUGUGUUCCUCUGGACUUUGAGGAGUUCCUGCUGCGGAUAUCCCACCAAACCUUUUACCUGCUGCAAAAACUCACACAAACCAACUCGCACAGCAACAGCAACACCCACACGCACACAGUUAAGAGCCGGCUUCAAGAACUGGACGAGAGCUAUUUGGAGAAGUUCACAGACUUCCUGCGGUUGUUUGUUAGUGUUCAUCUGAGACGGAUUGAGUCCAAUGCUCAGUUCCCCCUGGUCGAGUUUUUAGGCCUUCUUUUCAAGUACACUUUUAAUCAGCCAACCCAUGAAGGUUAUCUGUCUUGUCUGGACAUCUGGAGUAUCUUCCUGGAUUACAUGACCACCAAAAUCAGGAGCCGUCUGGCUGACAGUGACAGUGUUUUAAACAGGUACAAAGAUGCUCUGGUGCUGCUGCUCAGGGAAGUGUUGAACAGAAUCCAGUUCAGAUCGAACCAGAGCCAACUGGAGGAGCUUGAUGACGAGACUCUGGAUGAUGAUAAACAGACAGAGUGGCAACGGUACUUGCGUCAGAGUUUGGAGGUGGUCGCCAAGGUGAUGGAGCUACUUCCCUCUCAGACUUUCUCCACUCUGUUCCCAGUGCUUCAAGAAGAUCUAGAUAUCUACCUUGGUCUGCAGCAGUUCAUUGUGACAUCGGGAUCAAGUCGGCGGUUGAACAUCACGGCGGAGGCAGACUGCAGGAAGCUACACUGUGCCCUGCGGGACCUCAGCUCUCUGCUGCAAGCCGUCGGACGCCUCGCCGAGUUCUUCACCGGAGAUGUUUUUACUGGGCGCUUCUCCGAUGCCCUAGCCAUUGUACAGAGGCUGGUGGAGGUCACAUGUUAUGGUUCUCAGAUCAGCUUGUAUGAUGUGGAGACAGCGGUUCCCUCUGUUUUAAAACCAGACCUCAUAGAUGUCCAUGCCGAGUCCUUGGCAGCUUUGCAGGCCUACUCCCAUUGGCUGGCUCAGUUCUGCAGUGAGGUGCAGCGACAGCAGGACCAAACGAGAUUUGUCAACCUGAUCACAUCCAGCAUGGCCGCCACCACGCCCCUUAUCAGUGCCAAGGUGCCAGGCAAGCUUUUGCUAUCGGCAUGCCAUCUCCUUGUCUCCAUGGCAACCACGGUACGGCCGGUGUUCUUGGUGUCGUUGCCAGCAGUGCAGAACGUCUUCAACCUGAUCACUGAGAACCACAACCACCAGCUGACCCAUGAGGCCCACGUGCUGGUGUGCAGAGCGCUCUCCAACAUGCUGCUGCUGCCGUGGCCGUGCCUGCCGGAGUCGGAGCAGCAGUGGCCCAGCCGCUCGUCCAAUCACGCCCGCCUGGUCAGCACGCUCACGCAGCAGUACCGCCUCCUGCCCCGCCCGCCAGCCUACCACCCCAACAACAAAGCAGUCAUGCAGCAGACCCUGUCAGUAUUAAGAGACCUAGUCGAAAGUAUUUCUGGGGAGUCCACAAAGUCACGGCAGAUCUGCUACCAGAGUCUGCAGGAAUCCGUGCAGGUCUCCCUGGCGCUGUUUCCCCAGUACAUCCAGCAACCAGACAUCACGGAUGAGAUGCUGAGUUUCUUCCUCACGCUCUUCCAGGCGCUGCGUGUGCAGAUGGGGGUGGCCUUUACGGAGCAGAUCAUACAGACCUUCCUCAACAUGUUCACAAGGGACCAGCUGGCCAUCAGCAUCCUGCAGGAAGGCAGCGCUGGAUCAAAAGUGGUCCAGAAGUUUCUUAAGAUUUUACAGGUGGUGGUUCAAGAGCCUGGACAGACGUUCAAACCACUGCUGCCCAGCAUUCUCAGCCUUUGCAUGGAGCAGGUCUAUCCUAUUGUGGCAGAGCGCUCCUGCCCAGAUGUGAAGGCAGAGAUGUUUGAGCUGCUGUUCCAGAUUCUCCAUCAGAACUGGAGGUUCUUCUUCAAGAGCUCCGUCCUGAGCAGUGUGCAGCGUGGCGGAGCCAGCGAGCAGAUGGAGAACGAGGCCCAGUUCACCGCUGCCAUGCAGGCUUUGGGCCAAUCCUUCCUGCAGCCAGAUAUCCACAUCUUUAAGCAGAAUCUGAGUUAUCUGGAGAUUCUCAACACCAAGCACAAACUAUACCACAAGAAGCUGUUCCAGAGCUCCAUGCUGUUCCAUUUCAUCAACGUGCUGCUUCAGGUACUCCUGCACAAGAGCCACGACCUGCUGCAGGACGACAUCACCGUGGCCGUCUACAACAUGGCCGCCGUCAACUUCCACAAUUUCUACUCCUCCUUCCUGCCUGAGUUCCUGAACGGUUGCGAGGGCCUUGACCCCCACCAGCGUGCCACCCUCGCCCGCAACUUCACUCCUGAGAGGGAUUUGCCAUCAUUCACACAAAGUGUCUACCGGCUGGUGAAUGACCUGCGUUAUUACAGACUGUGUAAUGGAAGCCUGCCACCUGGCACGCUGAAGCUAUAGCAACACGCCCCCACCCACGCCACUGAAACUAUAGCAACAGCUUGCAUAGACUCUUGCAUAGACUCUGCCUUAAAUGUGGCCAAGCCCCUCCCACAGCCCAGCCCCUCCUAGUGAGCUCAGCACAGAGGCGGACCAAGAGGAGGAGCUGUCUGGGGAGGGUGUGUCCAAAGAGGGCGUGUCUGGACUGUUCUUAUUUGUGAGCCACACCCCUUUUGCUGCAGGGGAUUAUUUGAUAUAGAUUUUAUUUGUCUCUUGUUUUUCACAUGUUGCCAAUGAUCAUGUGGCCAAAGCCCAAUGACUCUUUGCUGCCGCAAGCUGGACUGGUGUGUUGCUGUGAGACGCGGACUGAUAUGGUUCUAGUUGUGGUUCCAGUCCUCUGUUGUGUGAUGUGUGGACUGACGCAGGCUCCAUGAGGUGUUUGGGGGCUGAGCCAUGUUUUUUAAUUUUCAGAUAUCAUUUCACUUCAUCUCCAUGGAGACGGACUCACAUGCUUACAUAUCAUUCCAUUCCUGACACGUCAGGAGAAAUAGGCCCAAAUAAAGUUUUUCUUUUUUAAAAGUU